GCUUCAUUUGCAGCAAGAUUCAAUACAUGGUUAAAAGCUAUGGUAUUUGGCUAGUGAAGCACGUAUCUCUCUCUUCCACUCCAUAGGGAAUGAGCUGGGCUGUCCUUGCUCUCCACGUCCACCUGCACUUCGUUAGAGAGCAGAGCUUUCACAUGCCACACCACAAGAUCCCCACAAUGAAAUAACUCCAUUCAGAGACUGGCGUGACUGGGCUGGGUCCCCUCACCCCAGCUCUUGUAUCAUUAAGAAUCUGGCAGCCAGUUCCGUCCUGACAGAGUUUACAGCAUAUAUUGGUGGAUUCUUGUUCUUAGUGCAUCUGCUUUAAGAAUUAACGAAAACAGUGUCAAGACAGCAAGGAAUCAAAGCAUUUUUGAAAAUGAACCUGAGUACAUUCACUCUCUUGUUGGCAUUAAUCAGUGGUGCCAGUGGCACUUACUAUGAGGAUUAUGACUUCCCCCUAUCGAUAUAUGGGCUCUCAUCACCAAACUGUGCCCCAGAAUGCAAUUGCCCUCCAAACUAUCCAACUGCCAUGUACUGCGAUGAGCUGAAACUGAAAAGUGUGCCAAUGGUACCUCCUGGAAUCAAGUAUCUUUACCUCAGAAACAAUCAGAUUGACCACAUCGAAGAAAAGGCCUUUGAAAAUGUAACUGAUCUGCAGUGGCUCAUCCUAGACCAUAACCUUCUAGAAAACAGCAAAAUAAAAGGAAAAGUUUUCUCAAAACUGAAACAACUGAAGAAGCUGCAUAUAAAUUACAACAACCUGACAGAGUCUGUGGGCCCACUUCCCAAAUCUCUUGAGGACCUGCAACUUACUCAUAACAACAUCAAGAAACUCGGCUCCUUUGAUGGACUGGUAAACUUGACCUUCAUUGAUCUUCAACACAAUCAAUUGAAAGAUGAUGGCAUGUCAGGUGCUUUCAAGGGCCUUAAAUCACUGGAGUACCUUGACUUGAGCUUCAAUCAGCUGGCUAAACUUCCUUCUGGUCUUCCUACUUCUCUUCUAACUCUCUACUUAGACAACAAUAAGAUCAGCAACAUCCCUGAUGAGUAUUUCAAACGCUUUAAUGGACUACAGUAUUUACGCUUAUCUCAUAACGAAUUGGCUGAUAGUGGAGUACCUGGAAAUUCCUUUAAUGUGUCAUCACUUUUGGAGCUAGAUCUCUCCUACAAUAAGCUUAAAAGCAUACCAACUGUCAAUGAAAACCUUGAAAACUAUUACCUGGAGGUCAAUGAACUUGAAAAGUUUGAUGUGAAGAGUUUCUGUAAGAUCCUGGGACCAUUAUCCUACUCCAAGAUCAAACAUUUGCGUUUGGAUGGCAACCGCCUCACCCAAACUAGUCUGCCACCUGAUAUGUAUGAAUGUCUACGUGUAGCAAAUGAAAUUACCUUGAAUUGA